AUGGUGCCCGUUCUACCUUCUUCCUUCUACGCCUACAUCAAACGCAACAUACCCGCCUCCUCUCUAAGGGCCAGGGACUGGGGCGAGUUCACAGAAAGCGCGCUGGUGAAGGUGGUGGAAGGCCUCUCGCCCUCCUGUGGCCCGCCAGCCCUCCUGCAAAUCUAUGAAAGAGAUGUGCGAACCAACGAAACGUCGAAGCUGAUGUGGACGUGUCCCAUCUCGCCGCAGAACCUGCGCGAGGUGCAGGACUCCUCGCGCUACUUCUCCCUCAAGAUCGCGUCCGAUAUCAACUCGGGCGAGGAAAUAUGUUUGGGCAUCGCGUUCUACACCAAGGACGACAGCACGGCCUUCGUCGCCAAACUGUGGUCGGUCAUCCAGAAGGUGAAUGCCGUCAAGGAGCUGCGCAACGAAGAAGAAAUGCAGAAGAAAUAUGGAGACAUGAAGCUCACGGACGACGACGACGAAGACGAAAGUCUGUGGCUGAGCAUGAGCGACGAGCUGGCCAUUGAAGUGUUCAAAAAGCUGAGCUACCGCGACCUAUGCAACGUCGCCUGCACCUGCGUCAAGUGGAACCUCAUCGCCAACGAUGACCUCCUGUGGAAGGAGCUGUAUCGCAAGGAGCGCUACCCGCCAAUGGGCGGGAGUGACAAGAUGCGGCUGACGGGCACCCGAGCACGCCAAUCGCUCUUCUUUUCGUGGAAGACCAAUUUUGUCAACGAAUGGAAGCGAGCACAUCCUGUGGGCAAGAGUCAGUGGCUGGAUGGGGAUCUGAGCAUCAAACUGGUGGCCGUGGGGGACGACUGCAACCGGCUCAAAACGAAACUGCUCUUCACCUACACCGACCGAUAUCCCGAAGACUACGUGCCCACCGUGUUCGAGAACCACGUCGUGACGCGAAAGAUUGGCGACUUCACUGUAGACCUCAACUUAUGGGACACUGCGGGAUCUGGUGAAUACGACCGAUUACGACCACUGUACUACGGAGAGACAGAUGUAUUUAUUGUGCUGUACUCGGUCAUCAACCGAACCUCCUUCCAAAACGUGGCCGCCAAGUGGGUGCCAGAGAUAACGCGAUUUUGUCCCGGAGUGCCCAUAAUCCUGGUGGCGGGCGACGUACACCUGCGGUCCGACGCGUCCGCCCUCCAGAAGCUCGCCGCCAAAGGCGAGUCGCUCGUCACCGAAGAAGAGGUACCCAUCAUCACCAUCAUCAUCGUCAUCAUCAUCGUCACCAUCAUCGUCAUUGUCAUCACCAUCAUCAAGCGCUGA